AUGUACCUGAAGUUUGUAGAGAUCAUUUGUGAUGUGGAUCGGAAGAAGGCAUCCUUCCACGUUGGCAGCAAGAAAGACAGCUUGCAGGAGGUGAAGACGUUGGAGCUGCCCUACGAUGAAGAAGUUCGUUUGGCUGUGACAGGCUGGAGUGGAACACGAGUACGUCUUGAGCCCCCACAAAAAUGGAUGGGAGGUGAGGAGUCAGACUCUGACUCUGACUCCAAUGCAGAGGAGGACGAUCGAUUCUCCAACACCUGUGGCAAUGUGGUCCAACCAUCCACUUGGCACGUGGCAACCAUUUGUGUUGAUCUGGAGAAGCGGCAGGAAAUGCAGAUCAUUUUGGAUGGUGAGCAACAUUUGGUGGCUCGAGAUCCAAACCUCUUCGCGCCGGAAGGGCUUUUCAGCAUUGAUGCUGUCGAGGGCCUUGUUCUUUUUGGACGCCGCAGGGCUGGAAAGAUUGCGGAAAGGGAGUGGAGGCUUGGCGGCCAUUUGAGACAAAUGCGAAUGGAGUCGAAGUUCUUGAACAUAGCAGAGGCCUGGGGCCAGCAGCUUCCCAAAGGUGUCUGGGGUUGCCGGACCUGUGGCUCCAGAAGUGCCGCGGAUGUUCGAAUCUGCUGGAGUUGUCAUACAGCCAGGCAAAAAAGUGCAUCUAGGCCUCCGAAUGACGCGGAUCCGCGACAUGAUGGACUCACAGUGCUGGUUGCUGAUUCCUUCAAAGACUUGGUCCUGGAAUCAAAAGAGCACGUCUUUGUGCUCUUAUAUGCGCCUUGGUGCGAGGCAUGUCAAGAAGUUAAACCACACUGGAGAAAGCUUGCCAAGAUGCUGAAGGGAUCAAGCAAAAUCCGAAUUGCGAUGAUGGACUCGGACGAGAAUGAUGCGCCCAGUCGCUUUUUCCCAGAGUCCUUCAUCCCAAAUGUCAAGCUGUUCCUUGCAGGGAAAAAGGGCAAACCACUUGCAUGCAACUCUCGCGAGAGAACCUUUGAGUCCUAUGUGAAGUUCUUGGAAGAGCACACCAGUGUAAGUCUUGAGUCGGCUGCAGAGGAAUUCUACCCACAAUAUUGUGAAGUCAAUGGGGUUCCAGCCCUCGUGGAAGAAUUGCGACAAGCUGCGAUGAUACAGGAAUUGAAGUUGAUGCAGUGGAGACGGCCACCCUUGCAGACUUUGGCGUCAUUCCUUUACUCAUACUUGCUGGAUCCAAACGUGCAUUCCUCCGUUCCAAUCACUCCCAUAUCCGAUGCGAUCCCAGAAGAUGAGUCACACUUGGUAGCAGCCCCGGAACCUUCACCACAGCUCCAAAGGGGACCGACUGCACCAGAAGCAGCACGCCGGCUCUUGGCAACACCACAAUCCGCAGAGCCACCCAGGCUUGUGAGACAUGUCUCGCAACCAUCUGCUCCAGCAUUGUCGAGGGGGGUCUCGGGCCAGAGAUCACCUCCAUUGCUGCUGAGUCGGGUCAUUUCAACACCGCUUGAGCAGGUAGCAGAUCCACACAAGUUGGAAGAAGAGCUGAAGCGUGCGCACUUGUCUGAAUUGCUGGACAAAGAGUUGCAGACCGAGUUGAAGAAGGCACAGCCCGACAAUGUUCGGGACUUUGUGCGCAACUUCUGUUUGCGCAUGGCAACCCCAAAAUUCCAGCACCGCUUGUUCUUUAACGCACGUCUGGGGGUGUCAUGGAGAAUGGCUCCGCCGGCAACGUUGAUCACGAGCGCCACUCGCAUUUUUCGGUGCUUGAGGCGCUGGGUGAGACGGGAGCUAGCUCGCAUUGGGCGGAAGCCACGGGAGAUGGACCUUGCUUGGGCAGAGGCACGCAUUGCACCCAUGACUGCUGCAGCCCUGCGCAGCAACUGGCGAAGAGUCGAAGAUGCCAUUUGCAAAGAGACCAGCCGUGAGGCAUGCGAGAAGCAUUGCUCAACCGACGGCCGUCAUUGCUUGCCUGGUGUAUGA